AUGGCAGACGUCACUCUUCCCGAUGGCGCUGGGUCGCCCAGAGAGGACCCCCCGUCGAGCGCUGGGUCGCAGCCGGCCGCGCCCCUCGAAGCAGCACUUGCCGCACCACCAGUUAUGUCCGAUGAGCUGAAGGGCCGCUUGGACAAAGUCAUUUAUUCUGAUAUCGGUAUUACAACGCUCCUGACGCGAUUGAAGCAAAGCGUCGCAUCCGCCAGAGAUUAUUCGACGUUUCUGAAGAAGAGAGCGGCGCUGGAGGAAGAACAUGCCCAGGGCCUGAGGAAGUUGUCACGCUCUCUUCACGACGCUGCGCAACGAUCCGAGAACCGUCAAGGAACAUACGGGAACAGCAUUAAUGAACUCCACCGCUUUCAGGACCGAAUGGCCGAUCAUGGCCUGCAAUUUUCCGUCUCCCUUCAACAGAUGGCUGACGAUCUCCACGAGCUCGCGUCGAAUAUCGAAAAGGGUCGUAAGCAGUGGAAGCAGACCGGGCUGACUGCGGAGAAGAGGGUUGUGGAAGCAGAAACAGCUGCAGAGAAGGCCAAGGCUAAAUACGACUCACUGGCAGAGCAAUAUGACCGGGUGAAGACGGGCGACAAGCAGGGCGGCAAGUUUGGACUUAAGGGCCCCAAGUCGGCCGCUCAGCAUGAAGAGGAUUUGCUUCGCAAGGUCCAAAACGCCGAUGGUGAUUACAGUUCAAAGGUCCUUGCUGCACAGGCAGCACGGCAAGAACUGGUUUCUACCCAUCGACCUCAAACUGUACUCAACAUCCAGCAAUUGAUCCGAGAAUGUGAUGCUGGUCUUACAUUGCAGCUACAGAAGUUUGCAACAUUCAACGAGAAACUGCUGCUUGGACAAGGAUUGUCCAUCAGCCCUCUGAAGGACAGCCCAACGGUUGGACCCAAGAGCCUCUACGAGAUCAUCUAUACAAUCGACAACCAAAAGGACUACCAUGACUACGUUCUGAGUCACGAAGGAAACCCUGCCGCUGUGACUAAAGACCAGCUCAAAUACGAGUGCCAUCCAACCCUGGCCUCGUCAUCCGGGCCUGUUGUUCCGGCUGCUCAAACCAGCACGCAAAAUAAACGCCAGUCCUUCUUACCUCAGUCUUUCUCUCAACAACGUCUAGCUUCCCCUCAAAGCUCUCCUCAACCAUCACCGGCACCGCCAUCUGCAAUUGCGGCUCCUGUUGAUCAAAAGCCAGCGCUGCCAUAUCCUCAAGAGCCAGAACCGUACUCCAACUUGUCCUUCCAGCCCCCUUACCCUGUCUCUGUACCACCGCCUGCUCAAGAGCACCCAGUGGCCCCGCCUCCCGUCGGGGCACCACCGCCAAGCAAUGGUUUGCCGCCGAUCAAGCCUGUCUUUGGCAUUUCUUUAGACGAUCUGUAUGCUCGAGAUGGAACAGCUGUGCCCAUGAUUGUCUAUCAAUGCUUCCAGGCUAUAGAACUCUUUGGCCUUGAUAUGGAGGGAAUCUACCGGUUAUCGGGCAGUGCAACCCAUAUUAAUCACAUGAAAUCUCUCUUUGAUAACGAUUCGACGCAGGUGGACUUCACCAAUCCCGAGUAUUUCUAUCAUGAUGUCAACAGCGUUGCAGGGUUGCUGAAGCAAUUCUUCCGAGACCUUCCUGACCCGCUUUUCACUACGCAAUUCUACCCCGACUUUAUCAACGCAGCUCGGAUUGAUGAUGACAUUCAACGCCGUGAUUCGUUGCAUGCCCUCGUCAACAACCUUCCUGAUGCCCACUAUGCCACGUUGAGAGCUUUGGUUCUGCAUCUUAACAAAGUUCAAGAGCAUUAUACCCAAAACCGCAUGAAUGCCGGAAAUAUCGCUAUCUGUUUUGGGCCGACUCUUAUGGGCGCCAAUUCUACCGGCGCCAUCGCGGACGCCGGCUGGCAAGUCCGCGUUAUCGAGACAGUCUUGAUCAAUACUUUCCAGCUCUUUGACGACGAUUGA